AUGCCGAGCGGGACGCCGGCCCAUCAUUGCCAUGCUAGUCCGAAGCCCACCGUGGCAGAGCGGCCGCAGGCGUCCCCGCAGAUGAUACCUAUGACCAAUGUUAUGCCACGGGAGAGUCCCUUCGUCACGUGGGACCAAUUCUGUAGUGCACAGCGCCUACUGCUGCGACUACGCUGCUACCUGCCCCUCGAGCAGGACCUAUGA